AUGUUCAAGAAACUCGCUUCACUUGCCUUGUUGGCUGCCGCUGUCACUGCCCAAGUCCCCAAGGGCAAGGCCUUCGAUCACAUCUUCAUCGUCUUCCUUGAGAAUACUGACUACGAUCUGGCCAACUCUGACCCCAACCUUCGUUCUCUCUUCUCCAGCGGUGUUGCUCUAAACAACUACCACGGAGUGACCCACCCCUCCCAGCCCAACUACUUUGCUGCUAUUGCCGGAGACUACUUUGGCUACAAGGACGACAACGCUCACAACCUAGACACCUCCUACAAGACCGUCGUCGACCUUUUGGAGGCCAAGGGUCUGACAUGGAGAUCCUACCAGGAGAACCUGCCCUCGGUCUGCUACACCGGCACGUCCUCCAAGAGUCUCUACUACCGCAAGCACAACCCCUUCAUCUCGUUUGACCUCAUCUCCAAGGACGCCACCCGCUGCAAGAACAUUGUCCCCUCGACUCAGUUGCAGACCGAUCUCCAGGCCGGAUACCUCCCCAACUACUCGUUCUACACCCCCAACAUCAAGAACGAUGGUCACGACACUACCGUCGGCUAUGCCAGCAAGUGGUUCUCAGGUUUCUUGGCCCCCCUCCUCUCCAACCCCACCUUCAACAACAACACCCUCGUCGUCUUGACCUUUGACGAGGCUGACGACUACACCGACAAGACCAACCACAUCUUGGGACUCUUGCUUGGUGACGCCGUCAAGAACAUCAAGAACACCGUUGACUCGACCUUCUAUACCCAGUACUCACUUAUCUCGACUGUCACCUCCAACUGGGGUCUUGGCAACCUUGGUCGCAACGACAUCAACAAGCCCCUCUCGAACGUCUUUAGCUUCGUCGCUGCCCUUACCGGCUACCAGAAUGUGGCCGUCACCAACCCCCCUCCCCUGAACUAG